UACGAUACCUAUCCUACAACCUCACCGAAUCAUUUCAACAACUCUUUAUCUUAUCAACUUCAAUUUCAAACCCAACAAUCCAUCAACAAUCAAUUUUACUAUAUUUUGACCAUCAGCUCAAAACGUUGACUCUUUACCGGCGAAUUAAGGCUAGCAGAUCGCCGUAAAAACCAUUUCCGCCUGAAUUUCAAGAAUUCCGGCCUCCAAAUCAACCACUUUCGUCGGCUAUUUAACGAUCUAUGUUCAAUGAUGAUGAGGUACGAUCUGCACUCACAAAGAUGUAUAAUUAUUCUCCAAUUGAUGGAUUUGUAGAGAUCUCCAAAGGGUUGGGAGAUAUGAUGACGUCAUUAGCAAAUGAACCCUCAGUGGGUCUGUUUUAUGUUCAACAACAUGCUCACAAUGCAGUUCCAAAUAUUGUGAAUUUAAGCAACAAAGUUGUUGCGAAAUCGCGAGAAAUCGGUUUGCAUACGGAGGAUACAGAGGAUUCGAUUGCGAUGGUGAGAUCGAUGGCGGAUUGUGGGUUCCCCGUUGUUGAUGAUAUGAUCAAAGAUAUAGCGAAAUGUUUAGCGAUCAUGUCGUCAAGGCAACCGAGAAGAGGUUUGAUUCGUAGUAGAUCGGUUUCGUGGUUUAAAACAGGACAAACCGGUUGGAGGGGGAAUGUUAAUGAUUUCGAGAAGUCUGGAAACGCUAAUGGUGCUGCGAAUUCAAUGCAGAAUGUCGGUGAAGAAUUGCCUGUGUCGAGUCUUGGGGGUGAAGACGCCGUGUUGGUUGAUAAUAUGAUGCCGAAUGUGUCGGGUUUGGAGGAUUUUGGUGGGUUUAAAGAUGAUAAAGAAGGAAGAAUUGAAAAAUGAUUUAGAGGGUAAUGAGAGUUGACAUAAGAGGGGAUUGAUGAAUAAGGGUUUAUGGUUGGAGCUCUUGAUUGAUUUUGAAAAAUCUUGAGCCUGUUGGUAAACCCAUUUGUAAUACACUAUAUAAACUUAAGUACUGAUAUAACUUUGUUGACACUAUGGUUCAGCUAAAUAAAAAUUUUGAAGAGUUGUAAACA